AUGGAUUCUACCAGUGGACAAAGACAUGGACUCUUGAGCGGACAAGAGAUGGUUAGGCAUCAUACCGAAUGCUACGAAGUGCAAGCGCAUUUUAAUCGGCUAGUCUCAUUGGCAGAAUUUGAUGAAACGCGUCAAGCCGAUCUAGAGCGAAUGAAAGAUCAGUUCCGUCGUUUAUUGUCUCAGGAAAGGGUAAACAAAUCUGAUAGCAUUUCGGAAGGAGUUUGGGAAAGUGAUCAUCGUCGGAUUCGCAUUACGAAGGUAGAAGGCAAAUGGCAAUCAUUCGGGUAUGAAGAUGCCACCGGGAAAUACGUAGAAUGUCACGAAGCUUUAUUCCUUAUGGAAAUGAAUCGGUUGAUGGUUAAAUGGAACCACGUGGUAGUGUCAAUCGAGCAAGGCUAUAGUUUAUUUCUUGGACAUCCCGAAACACUCACGCUGGAAGAGUACCAAGUGUAUUCAAUUCUGGUACGGGCUAGCUAUUACGUGCUUCGGUAUGAUUCGUCACGAAAGUACUGUACUGCGAAAUCGGAUUUACUCAGUACCGAAGAACAGUGUGUUUGGAAGAAUCUGUUCGAAAUGUUAAAUCAAUCAAACCCACGGGAAAGUGGCUCCAUCGCAAAAGAAAAUCCGAAAUUGUACGAAUCGGUAAGACGUUCGAUGAGAAAGUACUGUAACAUGAUCAGAAAAUCGUCGUCGUCAUCCUCAAACCAUGCUUCAACGUGUGACGAUGAUAUGGCGCAGUCUAAGGGCGAACCAGCCAAUAAGAGACAAAAGCUAGAAAACACAGCUACAAGUAGAGAAAAUGAUGGAUUUAAAAGAAUCGAACAGUUCCGCCGGAUGUUCAGCAGGUUCGACAUCGUACACAGUUUUAUCGAAGAAGGCCUAUCGGACGCUGUCGAGCCGGAAACGGACAGUAGUUUACGGCUGGUGUUUGACUUGUUUGCUACCGAGUCUCAAACAUUCAAGAAAAGUUUCCCUCCUCUCCCGAUUGCGAGGAUUAUUGUACGAAGAUCAUCUCAACCAAUGCCUCAUUUUACCGACCUGCAAAGACUGUUCCGGCAACAGAAGACACCGGUUCCACUAAUGUUAAUGCUCGUUUCGGAAAGCUUAUCAGUGCACUGCUUUCUAUACGAUAUUCGAAAAGUUCCUCGAAAUAUCAUUGCGUUGCCGGAUGAAAAUUUGACGAGAUAAAAAAGAACGAAAG